AUGUCUAGCCAAACGACAACCUUGAAGCGCAAUCCUGCGGAUUCCAUGGCGUCGACCUGGCGCCAUGAUCGAUCCCAGUGGAGCGUCUGGCACUGGAUGAUUGAGCUACUUGGUCUUCAUCUCAUCGAUCUUGAUGGAGAAGUGCCUAUAUUUGCCAAGACAGACAAAAUCCCAGUUGUGAGGGAGUGGACUGUGCACCUAUGGAUCUUACUACACGCUGCGAUUCCACUUGUCCUCCACCACGCCUACACAGCCUAUACCGGCAAGAACUUGGGCCUCAUUGGCGCCUUUGCGCUAUAUUCUAGUGCCUUUAAAUUAAACGGUAUCCAUGAAAUGCACAUCAUGCGCCGCCUUGGUCAACGGUACGGUUUUUUGGACGGCGAUAAACACCCACGGGAUGAAAUCCCCGACGUUGGCGUUGGCAAGGUCAUCCGCGAACUCAUUUCUACAUCGAGCGUCCGCAUGGUGAUGGCUAUUUUCCUCACCUAUCGCACGAGCGAAACACCAGAUUCUCUCGAGUGGAAGUGGCUGCCCUUGGAGAUUGGUCUGUACAGCAUCACCGUCGACUUCUGGUUUUACUGGUACCACCGCAUGAUGCACUCCACUGAUUCUUUGUGGAAGUUCCACCGAAGACACCAUUUGACCAAGCACCCGAACCCCCUGCUCUCCGCGUAUGCCGAUCAUGAGCAAGAGUUUAUGGAUAUCACGGGUAUCCCACUUCUUGCUUAUGGGACGUUGAAGCUUUUUGGGUUGCCGAUGGGGUUCUACGGCUGGUGGAUUUGCUUCCAGUAUAUUGCCUUCUCGGAGUUCAUCGGACACAGUGGUCUUCGACUUCAUGGUGGUGCUCCGUCUACUGUGAACUGGCUGCUAGAGAUCUUUGAUGCGGAACUAGUGAUUGAAGAUCAUGAUCUGCAUCACCGCUAUGGAUGGAGAAAGAGUCAUAAUUAUGGAAAGCAGACCCGUCUUUGGGAUAAGAUAUUUGGCACUUGCCAUGACCGUAUUGAAAGUGUGAAGGAGAACGUCGAUUAUAGAAACGGUGUCACGAUGCCUCUGUUUUGA